CUGAGCUUUAACUCGCCAUUUCAGAAAUGGCGGCUCCGCUGGGCGGUAUGUUCUCCGGACAGCCUCCCGGACCCCCGCCACCGCCGCCGGGACUGCCGGGCCAGGCUUCACUUCUUCAGGCCGCGCCGGGAGCUCCGAGAUCUUCUCCAAGCACCUUGGUGGAUGAGUUGGAGUCCUCUUUCGAGGCUUGCUUCGCUUCUCUGGUGAGUCAGGACUAUGUGAAUGGCACGGAUCAGGAAGAAAUUCGAACUGGUGUUGAUCAGUGUAUCCAGAAAUUUCUGGACAUUGCAAGACAGACAGAAUGUUUUUUCCUGCAAAAAAGGUUGCAGUUAUCUGUCCAGAAACCGGAGCAGGUUAUCAAAGAGGACGUCUCAGAGCUGAGGAACGAAUUGCAGCGCAAGGAUGCUUUGGUCCAGAAGCACCUGACCAAGCUGCGGCACUGGCAGCAGGUGCUGGAGGACAUCCACGGGCAGCACAAGAAGCCGGCCGACAUCCCCCAGGGCUCCUUGGCCUACCUGGAGCAGGCGUCUGCCAACAUCCCCGCGCCCAUGAAGCAGACCUGAGGCAGAGCCGGCUGCAGAGCGAGCCGGCGCGUGAGUCCGCGCGCACACGGUUGUUCGCGCUGGGCGUCGCGUCUGGGCGGCGUGGCGUUUUGGAAGAACUCUGCCAGAGGGCGAGAUAGGUGACUUUGGUUGCAUGCCGUCAGUAAGAUUUCCCCCGUAUUUUUAUAAGCUCUUAUUUUUUAUUACUCUAGAAAAUGCCCAUAGCAUUUGUAAACCAAGUGGAUGUUUUUGUUUUUAGCAAAAGUUAGUAUGAUGCUACCAACAUUCCUUUCUGUUCCUUUUUUCUGUGUGUUUUUUAAAAAUAAUUUUUGUGUUUAACUUUUAAUCUCUGUUUCCAGUUUUAGAUGAAUUUGUAUCAUCUGAGGGAAAAACAGUAUGUAUGACGAUCUAGGAAUCAGAGGGUGAAGAUUUGGGUUAUAAGUCUUUCAUGUUAAUCAUCACUCUCUCCCCUUGCGCUAGUUUGUAAAACUGGGUAAGUUUGCCAUGCGUGUUUCAAGGCUUUAAACUACCUCAAGAAGAGGAAUCUAAUGCAGCGAUGCUUGUAAUGCUUCCAGAGCUCCCGGAAUGGGGGUGUUUGUAAAUGGGGGGCGGCGGGGGGAGGACUGCAGGGGCCUAGGUUAGGGCAGCAGCACUGCAGUGGGACCUUUGAGUCGGUGUUGACUUCUCUUUGGGACGAGUUUAUAUUUUGUGUCUUGCUUGUUUACUUUGGGGGGCUGUAGUAGGAGCUGUGACAUGGUGAUUGUUUUCCCCUUCUGCAGUCAUGAACCCGUUUACGUAACAGACCCAGCCUGCCCUCAGCAACGUGACUCGGGCAGCGGGGAAGUGUGCGGGUUAGAGCUCACUGACAGUCUCUUUCCGUUGGAGUUUUGUUAGCUGGUGUUCUUUGUGUUUCACUUUUCAGGAGCAGAAAUGUCCCACUAAGGAAGGUUCUUGCUAAUGGAUGGCACUGAUUCCAAGGGCCAGGGCCUCGGGGUGGGGAGUGGCCUGCAGGCUGGCCCUGGGUGGCUCACUGUCCACAGAGAGCAUGUCUGGGAAGGUGUGUUAGCUUCUUGCUGGUCACGCAGGGCAACACGAUUCUUCGUUGACCUGCUGCCGUGUCUGGCUCUCCCUGAACCGGCUUUAGUCCCUGACCAAAUUGCACGCCUGUACGCUCCACUGUCUUUUGGACAAGCAGUGCCUCUGGGGCUUGGAUUCUUGACUCACUUGGUUUUCUCCAGCCUUGGAGGCCCCUCCCCACCCGCCUCGACCUCAACUCCGACCCACGGUGCCGUCUGGCCUGGCUGCUCCCUGGCCCCUGGCGUUCCCAGGUGCUCUCUGCAGCACCCCCCCCCCCCCCCCCCCCCCGCCCCCCGACACAGGCCUCCUGUCUCCUACCAGCCUGGCGUGGUGCUCCCUCCAGGGUUAGUGAUUUGCAUCUGUCUCUGUGCCCCUCAUGGGGAUUAGGCAUUACUUUCCCCUGAACACAUCGGGAUCGUGUGUGAUUGACGUUUUCUCUGUAGACUGUUACUCGUGUGUGUGUGUGUGUGUGUGUGUGUGUGGUGCACAGGUGGAAGUUCCCGAACUCCCUGAGUUCUUAAACUUCUAAGCAUUGUUUUUUCCCACAUGUGACUUCAAGGUUGUUAACCUGGUCAUCUCACACUAAUUAGAAGCUUGAUUGGCAGCCUUAGAUUUAUUCAUUAAAAACCUAAAUAAACUGAUUAAGUUUUAGGUAUCUCUCAAUAACCAGGUUGUUGGUAUUUCACUAGGUGCUUAGUGAAAAUAUUUUGAAUUAAUGUAUGUAUCAGUUACUGCCAUUGUUUGUUAAAUCAAAAAAAUCUGGAAAAUACAUUUUUAAUCUUGUC